GAGAUUUCAAAGUGGAGUAGAAAGAGAUUUAACCCAACAAAAACGUGGAGGAGAAAGAGAGAGAUCCUUGUGUGUGUAACACUGUGUGUAUUUAAUGAGUACUGUAUAAGAGAGAGGGCGAAGGCAGGUAGAGAAAGAAGACAACCGACCACAACCGCAACUUGGAUUUUGUUGCUGGAAGUGGUAGAGAGAAGCCCUCGUGUUAUCUUCACAUCCAUUUCCAUAUUGCUGUUAUAUAUAUAUAUAUAUAUAUAUAUAUAUAUAUUGUGUGUGUAUAGGCUUCUAUUCAAGUACUUAACUCUCUCUCUCUCUCUAGACAGAGACCCAGAGCUUAAACCUUUGGUGUUCUCUCUUCAUCUGGGUCUCAAAUGGCGAGUUGGGUCUUAUCAGAAUGUGGUAUAAGACCCCUCCAACGAAUCUACCCUCGACCCAGAACAGGACUAACCUCGAUCAAUUCAAUCCCCUCCAAGAUCAGAGUCUCACACGCAGAUCUCAUUGCUGCUUCUUCAUCCCGGGUGUCGAGUGGGUCUAGAGAGAGAAACUGGGCACUAAAGGUAAGCACCCCUCUGAGUUUCCAAACAGUGGAAGAAGAGAAAAGAGAAAGAGAGAGCAUCAAUGGGGUUGAAGAAGGCGGCGAAUUUGACCCUGGUAUGCCUCCUCCGUUCAAAUUGGCCGAAAUUCGAGCGGCGAUUCCGAAACAUUGCUGGGUAAAGGACCCAUGGAGAUCUAUGAGCUAUGUGGUGAGAGAUGUGGUGGUGGUUUUUGGAUUGGCGGCUGUGGCAGCUUAUUUCAACAACUGGGUUGUUUGGCCUCUUUACUGGUUGGCUCAGGGGACCAUGUUCUGGGCUCUGUUUGUUCUUGGCCAUGAUUGUGGUCAUGGAAGCUUUUCAAACAAUCCCAAAUUGAAUAGUGUGGUGGGUCAUUUGCUUCAUUCUUCAAUCCUUGUCCCCUACCAUGGAUGGAGAAUUAGCCAUAGAACUCAUCAUCAGAACCACGGACACGUUGAGAACGAUGAAUCAUGGCACCCGUUGUCUGAGAAGAUUUACAAUAGUUUGGAUAACAUUACAAAGAAAUUGAGGUUCACAUUGCCUUUUCCCAUGCUUGCAUAUCCUAUUUAUCUGUGGGGUCGAAGUCCCGGAAAGACAGGCUCUCAUUUUCACCCAAACAGCGAUUUGUUUGUCCCGAGUGAAAGGAAAGAUGUGAUCACUUCCACGGUGUGUUGGAGCGCCAUGGCUGCGCUGCUUGUAUGCUUAAACUUUGUGAUGGGUCCAAUUCAAAUGCUUAAACUCUAUGGCAUACCCUACUGGAUUUUUGUUGCGUGGCUGGAUUUAGUGACUUACUUGCAUCACCAUGGCCAUGAGGAGAAACUUCCUUGGUAUCGCGGAGAGGAAUGGAGUUAUCUGAGAGGAGGGCUGACGACGCUUGAUCGGGACUAUGGUUGGAUCAACAACAUUCACCAUGACAUUGGUACCCAUGUGAUACAUCAUCUCUUCCCUCAAAUCCCACACUAUCAUUUGAUAGAAGCAACACAGGCUGCAAAGCCAGUGCUUGGGAAGUACUACAAGGAGCCGAAGAAAUCAUGGCCUCUUCCAUUUCAUCUGUUGGGAGUCCUUAUAAGAAGCAUGAAACAGGAUCACUACGUGAGCGACACCGGGGACGUUGUAUAUUAUCAAACAGACAAACAGCUCUAUGCUUCUCCAAAUUCAGAAUGAAGGGGAAACUGACUCUUUAUAACCAAUUUAUUUCGACUUUCGACAAAAUUAUAAGAGUUUCUGUAGAAUAUGGAGAUGGAGAUGUUAUUUGCAUAAAUGAGUUCAAUGACAAUUUGUAAUGCCAAUUACUAUCACAUUUUGAGGAUUACUAUUCCUCAUAAAAAAAUCAAUAAUGGAUGGACUUAACCGCGUUCAUGAA